UGAGCUGGAAAUCUACGCAUAUGUGCAGCGGGUCACGAGCCACUUUAAAUUAAAAAGCGCGGGAAUCCAGUUCUGAGGUAAACUAUUAAAUUUACCUCAGGACUGCGGAAGCUUCGCAUUCGGUUUUCAGAUAAAGUUUUGAGGGAAUUUGGACUGUUUGCUGUGAAGCUGUGUGCAGAUGGCUUGGAUGUAGUCGGAUGUUAGGCCAAUGCUGUUUCCUUCGUGCUUCAGACAACACAGCCAGCGCAACCUGGACACCAUUGUGAUUCUGGAGGAGCUUGUGAGUGCUGCCAGUCUGCUGUCACUGAUUCUGAACGCAGCGGCUGUGGGGCUGGUGCUGGUUAACACACGCCCAAAUCGAGGGCCCUACGCCGCACUGUUGUGCAGCCUCGCACUUUCGGAUGCCCUCACGAGCUCCACAUCAGUGUACGUGAGUGUGCGCACAGCACUGAGUCCUGCAAACUCUGUGAUCGCCACGGACGUACCUCUGCCUGUCUACACCCUGCUGACCACUGGCAUCUUAUCAGGCACGUAUGGUGUCCUUUCCAUUGGCGUGGAGCGCCUCCUGGCGGUGUGUGGGGCACACAAGAGGCGUGUGCAGUUGAAGAGCCGUGUGCUGAAGGUGUUGGCCCUGUGCUGGACACUGGCGGUGGUCGUGGGAAGCCUGCCACUCUUCGGCUGGAACUGUGCAAUCAGUGGUGAGGCCUCGACGCUCUAUGGCCCACUGUGCAUCAACUACCUGCUCUUCGUGGUGGUCCCCAACACUAUGGUGGUCUUCGUGGUGUUGUCUGUGACCUAUGUAACCGUCAUUGUGAAGCUACGGGAGCUAAACUCCAGUAGGGCAAGCACCACGCGGGCCGAGGCACGCAUCACCAGGAUGGCCUGGAUCAUCUGGGGACUGGCCCUGGUGGCCUACACGCCCUUCCUGGCCGGGGUGCUCUGGGACGCGUCCCACAGUUCGUGCCCCGAGAAGCUAAAGACGAGCGUGAUUGUGUACAAGAAUGUGGCGUAUGCAUUCCUGGUGCUCAACUCCAUUGGAAACCCCAUCUUGUACACGUUCAGCUGCCCGGACGUGUGGCGCCUGGCGAAGUGGAGCCGCUGGAGGAGAUUUAGGAAAAUUAGGGCAAACAGGAUCAACGUGUGCGUGAACACUGUGUCAGACACACGCCUGUUUUAGAGCUGAUUGGAACUGGAAUCUGGAAAAAGAACUGAUUUACAAAACGGUUUCUACCAAUGGGAGGAAACAAUUAAGCAUCAAAAGGAUUAUUUGUUAUAGUUCUACAUAGACCGUCUACAAAAGAGUUACCACCUAGACAAAGAACCAUUUAGUAACCAUAGUACAUUGUCAUGGUUAUAUAAAACACCAUUUGUGAAAAGGGUUUCAUUGUAUACAAAAGUAUCAUUUAAGCAAUCAAUUCCAUCCAGGAAAAGAACAAUUUAAUCUAUCAGAUGAUAAUUUGUCCUGGAUCUGUAAAGACCAGUAUGGUAAGGGUUUUUGAUCAAUGCAAAUUAGCCUUUGACAAGAUAAAGAGAAAAACAUUUAGGCAUUAAACCAGUUCUUUAAGUUGCCAUGGUUGAGUAAAAAAAACAUCUGCAGAAUGGGUUUCUUCAAAGUAAACAACCAAAGGUUCUAGUCUGUAAAGAUCCAUCUGCAGAACAGGUUAAUCUAAAGUAAAGAAGCAAAAGUUCUAGUCUGCAGAAUGGGGUUCUCUAAAGCAAAGAACCAAAAGUUCUAGCCUGUAAAGAACAUUAGAGUUUCUCUACUGUAAAGAAUCAAAGGUUCUAGUAGUUAUAAAAUCUUUAAAGAAUCAUCUACUAAAGGUUUCUCCAGAGUGUUGUUUAGACCUGGCAAAGAACUCAGCAUGUAUUUGUUGUUUAAGUUAUCAUAGUUAAAUAUAGACCCAUCUUCAUAAAGGUUUUUACCAUGGCUAAAAACCCUUUAGCUUAACAUCAGAAUCAUUAAACAUCAGAAAAACAUCCAGUAAAAUAUUUUUAAGGGGUUUUGCUUACAAAUGUUGUGGUUGAUUUCAGCACCUUGGCCAGGGACUGUGGGACGAACCAGACCAGAUGUAUACAGUGUGACAUGAAUUUUGGUUUGGACUUUGGUGCUGAGGUUCAGGCAUGACAAUGCCUAUAGAUGUCUCAGUAAUGCUGAUCAAUUUCUGUGUUUUAUAAGUGUCUGUCUAGAUAUUGACAUUGACAGAAACACUCAGAUCAGUACCACUAAUCUUGCCUCUGUACAGUAUAUCACGGCACUGUAAUUGAAAUUGAGUAAUCAAGAUGUGAUACACAACGUGUAGAUUUCAGCUUUUUUAAAAAUUUUAUUAAGUGUUUAGGAAUCACAGCUGCUUUUUGCAAAGUGUCUCUGUUUACAAUGACUGGCUUAUAAGCAAAUUCAUAUAUAUCGCAAGACAAAUCC